AUGCCGAAAGGAAGUCCAGGAAAGGAUAGCAGCGAGCAUAUUCAAUUGGAGCCUUUGUCUAGGACGCCUAAGCGACAUGAAUCUACAGACCCUGCGGAAAUAGACGCGAAGGCACCGUUAAGACAUGCCACGAGGAAAACGUGCGAUUCGGACAACGGUACAGUGGCGAAAGCUCGUUCGAAGGAAAAACUACGAGGCGACGAUCAAGCGUCCGCGCAAAUACUGGCUGAACAGAGAGAGCCGCUCAUAAAAGUCUCCUAUGCCUCAAAAGACGGUCAGGUAAAAGAACUCGUUCAUCGAAGACCACCACCAAAUCAGUUCGCGAUGAGCGAGCAGGAUGUGGACGAUGUUGCUUUUCUGACAGGAGAUAGCAGCGCAGGAUUGCACAGACGUAACUUUUAUGAGCGCGCAAAUGAAGUCGUUAGAUGUUCUGAGAGAAAGACUUACUGUGUGCUUUGUAUUUGUUGCAUGGUACUGCUUGUUACAUCACUUAUCAUCGCCUUGGCGCCUUUACGAACUGGCUGUGUUUGUUCUGAAAAAGACUCGAGUACAAUUAUGGAUGACGAAAAGGAUGCCGUACCUCGGAUGGAGAAUGGAGAGAUAUUUCCAUGGGAUAACAUAAGAUUACCUGCCUUCGCACAUCCUACUAGGUACAAUAUUACCAUGCAUCCAAAUCUUACCACCUUAGAAUUUAGAGGACGAGUCACAAUCGAAUUCUAUGUUGAUGAAGAGUCCAAAUUUAUCGUCUUCCAUAGUAAGAACUUGACAAUAAAGGAACAAAUAGUCAAAGAGGGUCAAGAAGAGCUGAAAAUCGCGAAGUUACUCGAGUAUCCAAAGCGCGAGCAGUUAUAUCUAGAAUUAGAAGACUUAUCGUUUCGAAAAAAGAACAAUUACACGCUAUUCUUGAGUUUUAAUUCAACAUUAAACUCUACUGAACUUAAAGGAUUUUAUUUUAGCAGUUAUAUCACUCCUGAAGGAGAUUACAGAUAUUUAGCUACAACUCGUUUCGAACCGACAUACGCGCGCAUGGCCUUUCCUUGUUUCGAUGAACCACAAUUUAAAGCUAAAUUUAAGAUAUCAAUAUAUAGAGACAGAUUUCAUAUUGCGUUAUGUAAUAUGCCCGCUAUAAAUACCGAGGAGGCCGGAUUUUACUUGGGUACAAAUCUCCUACGCGACGAUUUUCAAGAAUCAGUAGACAUGUCAACGUAUUUGGUGGCUUUUGUGGUAUGCGAUUUUAAAAGAGUUUAUGAAUUAACAAAGAGAAAUACGUCUGUAAGUGUGUAUGCCUCAUCUCAUAUGCUUCCACAUAUGAAAUAUGCCAUGACCACUGCUGCUCGUAUUAUGGAUUACUUUGAAUCUUUCUUUGGCAUACCUUAUCCUUUGCCAAAGCAAGAUAUAAUAGCAAUUCCUGAUUUUGAGCCGAUUGCUAUGGAAAAUUGGGGCCUAAUUACUAUUCGAGAAUCGUUUUUAAUGUAUGAUCCACAAGAAACACCUACUGAAAUACAAGAAUACAUAGCCGUUAUUAUGGCUCACGAAUUGGCUCAUCAAUGGUUCGGCAAUCUCGUGACAAUGAAAUGGUGGAAUGAUCUGUGGCUGAAUGAAGGUGCUGCAACGUUCUUUGAAUAUAAAGGCGUGAAUCAUAUUUUCCCCGAAUGGAGUAUGAUGGAUUUGUUCAUAUUACACAAAACGCAACGAGCACUCGAACUCGAUGCACUAGCCAACAGUCACCCUGUAAGUGUAUCCGUCGAAAACCCCAUUGAGAUAGAAAGCAUAUUCGAUACGGUUAGCUAUUACAAAGGUGCUUCCGUCCUCUAUAUGUUGGAAGUAGUUUUAUGCGCGUGUGCUUUUCAAGGCGGACUAAAUGAUUAUCUAAAUAUGCACGCAUAUGGAAAUACGGAGACCAAUGAUUUGUGGGAGGUUCUUACAAAACAUUCUAAAAAUUCAUCUACUAGCACAGAACUCGAUGUGAAAACUAUAAUGAACACUUGGAUCCAACAAAUGGGCUUCCCACUUGUUACCAUCAUCCGUGAAGACAAUAUUAUCACAGCGACCCAAAAAAGAUUCCUUGCUUCACCUCGAGAAGGAGUAAAUACUUCGCAUCCCAAAUCAUCCUUUGACUACAAGUGGUACAUCCCGUUACACUGUUAUACAGAUCAGGAUGACUCCGCAGAAUCUUAUAUGGAAGUGUGGAUGAAUAUGACCAAUGCAACUUUCGACAUAUCGAGCGAUGUCGAAUACAUCAAAUGCAAUAUCAACCAAACUGGUUUUUAUCGAGUAAAUUAUCCGAAGAAGAUGUGGAUCUCGAUCAUUAAUACUUUGAUGAAGAAUCACACCAAGUUUAGUCCGGCAGAUCGGGCGAGUCUCAUCGACGAUGCAUUUUCGCUUUGCGAUGCGGGCGAGGUGGAUGCUUCAAUCCCAUUAGAACUUUCGCUUUACCUUGCCAAUGAAAGAGAUUAUGCGCCAUGGGCAACCGUACUUCGAUAUUUGAACUUUUGGAAAGAUAGACUCGCCGAGAGUACAGCAUAUAAAAAAUAUAUCAUAUUUUUUAGACAACUGAUGGGUCCAAUUACAAGAUAUAUUGGUUUGAUGGAUCAAGGAUCUCACUUGGAAAAAUUAUUGAGAACAGCAGUACUAAAAUCCGCUGUUGAAUUAGAAAUAGACGAUGUAGUGACACCUGCAAAAAGACUUUUUGAAGAUUGGAUAUCGAAAGGAAUACGCAUCGCGCCCAAUAUACGAAAAAUCGUUUAUAUGGCAGGUAUCAAGUUCGGAAAAGUGGCUGACUGGCAACAUUGCUUUGACGUUUAUCUUAAAACACAAAUCCAAAGUGAAAAAUUAUUAAUGUUGCAAGCUUUAGGCACGACGAUGGAUCCUUGGUUACUUAAACGUUAUCUUCGAUUAUCACUGAACCGGACUCUGUUUAAGGCGCAAGAAGUUAAUACUGUCAUAACGUCCGUUGCUGCCAAUCCGCACGGACAUUACCUCGCUUGGCGUCACAUUAAAGCUUAUUGGCCGCAAAUAGAAGCACUGUAUGUAAACGAAUCGCUCUCGAUAAGCAAUCUCAUACUUAGCGUUGUUCCUGACUACUUCAUUACGGAAUACGAUUAUCGCGAAGUUUCAGAAUUCUUCAAGCAGCGCGACGUUCGUAGUGCUAACCGCACUCUGCAACAAAGCUUAGAGAUGAUAAAAUUCAACAUUCACUGGAUAAAAAUAAAUGCAAAAAGCGUAAAUGAUUGGCUUAUUACACAUUUAGUAAAGAUAAAUAAAAGUUAA